AUGGCCAACGAACUGUACAGGCUCACAGCCAGUGAGGUCGCAGCCAAGGUGCGCUCCGGCCAAGUCACCAUUGAGGAGUACGCUCGCUCGCUGCUCUCGCGCAUCGAGGCACGCGACCCCGUCGUCAAGGCCUGGGCAUACCUCGACCCCGAGCGAGUCCUCGCCGAGGCGAGAAGGCUGGACCAGGUGCCCCCGGAGGAACGCGGCCCGCUGCACGGCGUGGCCAUUGGCGUAAAAGAUGUCAUCUACACAAAAGACAUGCCCACGCAGUUCAAUUCGCCCCUCUACGCCCACGACGCACCGCACGUAGACGCCGCCUCCAUCAUCAUCCUCCGCCGAGCCGGCGCGCUCCUCGUCGGCAAGACGACGACGACGGAGUUUGCGGCGACGACGCGCGGGCCGGCGACGACGAACCCGCACGACCCGUCGCGCACGCCCGGCGGCUCCUCGGCCGGCUCGGGCGCCGCCGUCGCCGACUUCCAGUGCCCCGUCGCCCUGGGCACGCAGACGGGCGGCAGCAUGAUCCGGCCGGGCUCCUUCAACGGCGUGUACGCGUUCAAGCCGACGUGGGGCGCCGUGUCGCGCGAGGGGCAGAAGAUGUACUCGCUGACCUUUGACACGCUGGGCGUGUUUGCGCGGGGGGUGGCCGACCUCGAACUCAUGGCCCACGUCUUUGCGCUUGAGGACGACGACGACAACGAAGCGACGACGACAGCGACGGACUUUCAGGUCCAGGGUGCCAGGUUUGCCGUCUGCAAGACCAUGGUCUGGCCGCAUGCGGGGCCGGGGACCGUCGGGGCGUUGGAGCGUGCCGUCGAGCUGCUGAGGGCGCAGGGCGCCAAUGUCGAGGAGAUUUCGUUCCCCGAGAGCCUGGCGGAUCUGCCCAAGUGGCACGCCACGGUGCUGGAUGCCGAAGGUCGAGCGGCGUUUCUGUCAGAGUAUCGCGCCGGCAAGGAUAGCAUUGCGGAUCUUCUCGUCGGACACGUCGAGAACAGAGGCAAAACUUCGCAUGCCGAGCAUCUCAAGGCCUUUGACAGCAUCGCGGCGGCGAGGCCCAUGGUUGAUGCCAUGCUGGGCAAGUAUGCGGCCGUCCUGGUGCCGAGUGUGCCGGAUGAAGCGCCCGAGGGCAUCGAAUGGACAGGAAACGCGGCGUUUAAUGUCAUCUGGACGGCCCUGCAUACGCCGGUUGUCAAUGUUCCUGGAUUCAAGGGUGAACGUGGAAUGCCCGUCGGCGUGUCGCUUGUAGCCCCGAGGUAUCGCGACAGGCAUCUUCUCAGGGUAAGCAAACAGGUCGGCGAGAUCUUUGAGGCCGAGGGUGGGUGGAAGCCAUCAAACUAA